UGUGAUUACCUUCAUUGGGAUUAUUCACUCAUCAAAUAAUAUUGUAGAAAAAAUGAAGGAGUCUAGAAAUCUUGAAAACUUUGUGGAAAAAAAGCUCUAUGAAUGCAAAAAGAAGUAUGUUGACAUUCCAAAGGACGAGGGACAACGAUAUGGUAAGCACUAUGAAGCACUGACAUCUAAAAUCUUUGAAAUACUGAGAAAGGAGAAUCCAGAGCUGGACAUCAUUAUUGCUGAGUUCAGUUUGGAAGGCAGUGUCGGGGAUAUGUUAAAGAUCGCGAAGCCCAACGAAUUCGAUUUGGUAUUUAAGUUAAAAUUUCCGUACUACAAAAGCAUCGCCGUGACGCGAGAUCCGAAAAUUCCGGGCAACGUACUACUCGAUAUGACGCGCGUGUUAGAGCUCCUUAAGGAUGAUCCCCGCGAGGAUUUCCAGAGAAUUCGGGAACUGAUUCAGGGUCGACUCGUGGAUGCGCAAAACUUUUUCGUCGUGGACAGGCUUCGUUCUUGGCUUCAGAGCUUGUUUAGCCAGGCACUCAACAGGAUAUCAUAUCGCGUGGAGCUGGUUGCCGGCGUAGUGUCCCAUCUCAAAUAUAGAACCUGUGGGCCGGCCCACACUAUCUACGUGUACGGUGAUUAUGAGUACUCUGUCGACUACGUACCUGCAAUCUGUUUGGCGGCCGAACAGAACGUCUUGCCCACGAAGCAAUUGGAGUGCUUUAAACGCGCCAACACUUCUUACUGGGAGGCGAUUCCCAAGCCUCUGAAACCCCUAACUGAAACCAGCAUGAUCUCCUUUCGUUCCUCGUUUUACGCCGUAGAGAAAAUAUUGCUGCAGGAUGUGCACGAGAAUUGCCGGAAUGCAAUUAGGUUUAUGAAAAAAUUUCGCGAUGUGAAGACCAACUUGGGCAAUUGCAAAAGUUAUUACAUUAAAACUUUAUUUCUUUGGAAAAUUAUACAGGAACCAGAGUCCUACUGGCUGAAUCCGCUCUCAUUCAUUUUAGCCGAUAUGUUCGACGACUUGGCGGAGAACUUAAGGCGGGGAGUUAUUACCUUUUUUUGGGACCCCGAGCUGAACAUGAUCGACGCAUUGACCCGGGAUCAAGUUUGGGAAAUGUACCUGUGCGUGCAAAGGAUUCCAAGAGACCUGAGGGGCGCAGAGAUCAGCCGGAAUAAAUGGAGUUUUUUCGUACUUCGGGAAUUCAGUCACAAAAAGGAAAGAAAUGUAAAUCUAAAGUGCAGCUCUAGGCGAAAACGAAAUGUUAUUAAGGGACUGAAGACCACUUCAAUUUGCAAGCUAAGAAAUGCUCGAACUAACGGUACCUGGACUGCUGGACUUUGGACUCGACCCGGCCAUGCGUACAGAGGCCCAUCGGAAACGGUGUCGACUUGGGACACAGUAAAGGACGCAGCGUGGUCAGAAGGGAUUGUGGAGUAAGUGGAUAGUGUCCUGCGACACGAGCGGUCCUAACAGACGUGCGCUUCCGGGUGGUUGCAAAGGUGGUUCUGGGAAGAGCAUUGAUUCGCAAUAAUGGAAGUUCUCUAAUCUCAGUGCAAUUUACAUAUGUACUCUCCAGCAAUUGUUGAAUGCACUUUAGUAGUAAUAAGAGGAAAAUUAAAUGGCACGCUCUAUUUUUUGCCCAAGUUAUGUUACAACAAUCUAUAUUGAUAAUUUGGUGCAAAACUAAAAAAAAAUAAAACAAUGUUGAAUAUUUUGCC